AUGGGCAAGCGCAAGUCAGCAAAGAAGCCACAGACAAAGCGCACAAAGGAGACACUGGCUACCACCUUCAAGUGCCUGUUUUGUCACCAUGACAACUCUGUCAACGUAAAGAUUGACAAGUCGGCCAUGUUCGGGCAUUUGACCUGCAAGGUGUGCGGACAGAAGUUCACAACCCCGAUCAACAACCUGUCAGCUGCCGUUGACGUGUACUGCGACUGGGUCGAUGCUUGCGAGGAGGCACGGCAGAAGCAGCCCAAGAAGUUCAAGGUGCCCAAGGCGGCGAGUCCACCGCCUGCCAUCUCCGCAGCGCUCAACGACGAGGAAGAUGACGAAGACGACGACUACGACCUUGACCGUGCCCUGGAGAAAUCGAAGCGCAAGACAAAAUCGCGUGACUACGACGACAGCGACGACGACAGGCACCGGCGCAAACAGGCUCGGCGGGCGUACGACGAGGACGACGAUGACGAGUAG